CAAAGAUGGCAGCUGUGAGCGACGAAGAAGCGAAAAGCGAUCGUGAGAAAAACGUCUCAUACGUAAUUGUCAACAACAUUCCGAAAUUGUAUCGCUCUGCAGACCUCCGCAAUUUCUUCUCCGAGUUCAUCGAGACAUCGGGAUUUGAUUGCUUCCACUUCCGUCACCGUCCCGAAGUUCAGCAAAAGAAGUCGGCGUCAGCCCUCCAGUCCGAUCGACUUCGUAAGGAUGACGACGUCUCCGCCACAACGCGUAAAACGACGACUUGCUGCGUCGUGCGCGUCCUAGCCGAUCGCGUUGGCGAGCUGCUUCGAAUGUACGAUAAGAAACACUGGAUAGGACGUGACGGACAAACGCUGCCGACGCGAUGCUUCAUAAGGAAGGUUCGAGUCCGAAACGACGAGUCGCAAGCUCUUUCGCACUAUCUUACGCGAGGGGAGCAAAAGGCACUCAGAGCCGAAGAAGGCGCUGUGUUGAGUGAAGCGGACUUGAAAACGCUCAUAGAGCUUCGUCCGCCUCCCGCGAUGCCCAACGGAAACGUGGGUACGCCGACGAAAGUGUUUCUCGGGCUCAUUCAAGCCUGCAAGUUACCGCCGUACUUGAUCAAGAAACUCGGACUCGUGUUUCCCCGAUCGAGAUCGCGUCGCCUGUACGGAAGUGUGCCUCUCGACUACGGAGACACCGCGAGGAGCUUGGGGCGCAGGGAAAACAAAGUGAAAGGUGGUGCCGUUACCUGGGAAAUGCCUCUUGUGCGGACAGCUACCGGAGCCAUUAUAUCCAAUGCCGGCCCGAGCCGACCGGAGAGCGGUGAUGAUGGUUCGUUGAACGUUGAGGCAGAGCAGAACUUCGUCGAUGUGCAGAAGAAUCGGGAAGAGAGUGAUGACGAAGAGUGCGAGGAGUGGGACCGGCACGAAGCACUGCAUAACGAUGUCACAAACCAAGAACGGACGCGGGAACGUCUUUUCGAAGAGGAACUCGAAGUUCAGUGGGAGAAGGGUGGUUCGGGAUUGGUCUUCUAUACCGAUGCACAAUUCUGGGACGAAGUGGAGGGUGACUUUGACGCUAAGACAUCAGACGACUGGGAUGUUGACAUGAGCAUCUACUACAACCCUGAAUCGGGAGACAAGGAUGCGAGAGACUAUGUGUCCAUGCUGCACUUCAAGAGGCUGAGGGAGACCGCCGAAGAGAUGGACGACGAGAAUAGGCUGGCUUCUUUUGAAAAAUACACAAAGGGCUUUGGAAGCCGCAUCCUGAAGCAGCAAGGCUGGAGUGAAGGCGAAGGUGUUGGCCGUGCCAAGGAAGGCAUAGCCACGCCCAUCGACGAUGCUGGACAACACCCUUGGGACAGGUCUGGAUUUGGUUUCCGGGGCGAAAAGCUGGUACGAAAGUUCUCGAAAAGCAAGCGAAAGCGCAACCGAGGCGAAGCGUUCAUCUCAACAGUGUACGACCGGCCUCGGGAGACGGACCCACCGGAUCCUUUGCUGCGCUCGCACAACACCACUUAUCUGCACUUUCGCAAAUCAUUUGUGAAGGGUCAACAGUGAAGACUGAACUCUUUAAGUGUAAAUAUUCUGUGUACAUUAUGUGUAUAAAAGUGUA